AUGGAAAAGGAUCAGGAGGUUGCCGCAAAUUCUGCGGCAAACAGCAAUAGCAGCCACAUGGACGUCGAGUCUGGAAGAGAUGGUAUCUCUCACUGGAAGAUGAUCACAGACCAGGGUGUCGUUACCAAGGAGAUCAUCAACUACGACUACGAGGGUGCGGGAACUGAGGAAGAUCCAUAUGUGGUGGAGUGGAUCGACAAUGACCCCAGGAACCCAAUGACCUGGCCUAAGACGAAGAAGUGGAUCAUGGCCAUUGCUGUCGCCAACUCGGUUCUCGUCGUAUCAUUCUGUUCAUCGGCUUUCUCUGGAGGUAUCCAACAAAUUAUGGCUGAGUUCAGCGUCAGCCAAGAGGUUGUCACACUCGGUGUAUCACUCUUCGUUCUCGGAUUUGCUCUCGGACCACUUCUAUGGGCUCCUUUCUCAGAAUUGUAUGGUCGCCAGAUUGUCUUCAUUGGAACGUAUACCGCUUUCAUGGCUUUCAACGCCGGAGCUGCUGGUGCACCCACAAUCUACGGCCUGCUUAUUCUCCGAUUCUUCGCCGCCGCUUUCGGUUCCAGUCCUCUCACCAACGCCGGAGGUGUUAUUGCCGAUCUGUUCUCCGCAAACGAGCGUGGACUUGCCAUGUCAAUCUUCUCUGCGGCGCCAUUCAUGGGUCCUGUUCUUGGUCCGAUCAUUGGUGGAUUCUUGGGUAUGACUGAAGGUUGGAGAUGGGUUAACGGUCUCAUGGCUAUCUGGGCCGGAGUGAUUCUCGUAAUCACCACCUGCCUCGUUCCCGAGACAUACGCCCCGGUCCUGCUUAGGAAGCGUGCUGAGAAGCUCUCAAAGAUUUCCGGAAAGGUUUACCGAUCCCGUACUGAUAUCGACCAAGGCAAGGUUUCGCUCGGAGAGGCUUUCGCGACUGGUCUCAAGCGUCCCUGGAUCCUGCUUUUCUGCGAGCCCAUUGUGCUUUUGCUUUCGCUUUACCACGCCAUCAUCUAUGGUAUCCUUUACAUGCUUUUCGGUGCUUUCCCAAUCGUCUACCGUAUUGGCCGUGGCUGGAACGAGGGUAUUAGCGGUCUGCCUUUCGUCGCUGUCGCUAUUGGAGUCUUGUCUGCUAUCACAUACGUCAUUACUGUCGACAACAAGAUGUACAUGAGGAAGGUUCAAGAGUCUGGUCGUGGAUUUGCUGCUCCCGAGGCACGUCUGCCCAUGUGCAUCAUCGGUGGUAUCGCACUUCCCAUUGGUCUCUUCUGGUUUGCCUGGACCAACUCCCCGACUCUCCCAUGGGCUGCCAGCGUCGUUGCCUCCAUUCCAUUCGGUUUCGGCAUGGUUCUCAUCUUCUUGUCCAUCAUGAACUAUCUCAUCGACUCGUACACGAUCUUCGCUGCAUCCGUUUUGGCUGGUAACGGUAUCAUUCGUUCCGUCUUCGGUGCUGCUUUCCCUCUUUUCACCUCGCAAAUGUACAGCCGCCUUGGUAUCCACUGGGCUUCAUCCGUACCUGCUUUCCUAGCUGUCGCUUGUCUGCCGCUCCCGUUCUUGUUCUACAAGUACGGUAAGACCAUCCGCGAAAAGUGCAAGUACGCCGCACAAUCAGAAGCCUUCAUGGAGAAGAUCCGCAACCAACAUGCCGCGAAGGCAGCCCGACAGGCCGCCGGUACCGAAUCAGAGGAUACCUCGCGCGCCGCCACUCUUACUCCUCAAGAGGAAGUCGAAGAGGAGAUGCACGAGGAAGAGUCGGCGCCCAAGUUCGAGGAGAUGAAGGCUGAGAAGGAGACGGAUGGCGAGGGUCUCAAGAAGGUUCAGACUGGGCGCUCGACAAGAAGCCGGAGAACUGUGAGGGAUCUCGACUUCAACCCAAAUCCGUUUGACAUCGACCGCGUCAACACAAGAGAAAGCUUCGCAGGCAGGCCAAGAGCCAACAGCCGAGCAAGUAGCAAGAAGUAA